GGGAUACACGCGCUGUACGCCGCACGAACGCGAGUAGGGAAGAAAGGAAAAAAAAAUAAUAAAAACGAAAAACGAAAAAAUAGUAAAGCUAAUAAUAUUUUCAUGAGUGCGAACAUGGUUUGCUCGUGUUUCGUCCGGCCGCGGUGGAUGCGGGAAAAAGCGCGGAAAUGUGAUAAAUAAAAAUACAACGUCGUUCGCGCAUUUUCGUUUCGCUGCCGUCGUCGGCCGUAUAGGUACCAUAUACAUAAUAUAUAAUACUCAUAUAUCAUAAUUCACACAUCCACAGAAAUACACAGACACACGUACAUAGGCACACACACGAAAACGAGCAAUAUUAAUCGUUUGUAUACGCAUCUCUCUCUCUCUCUCUCUCACACACACACACACUCAUACACAUUCGUUCGUAUAUAUUAUAUUAUAUAUAUAAAUAAUAUACACAUGUGCGCGUGGGUGAGUGGCGAGUCGCAGCAGAGUGCGCGUGUGGGUUAUGGAAGAAAAUGACCGGCGGAACCGAGCGGAUAGUCAUCUGCAGCAGCAGCAAGAAAGGACUGCAGAACUCGGGCAUCACAAGAACGACGACCGCGACGGAGCGACCAUCAUGAGCGUUGAUGCCAGGCGUGCGAAAAAUAAUGAAAAACUAGUUCCCGAUUUCCAAAGCGCCUUAACCGGCAAAUCUUGCAAUGAAGGAUGGCCCACCGAACAAGAGAUAAUGGAACAUCCCGGUUUGAGGAACACUCCGCUAGCUAUGUUGGCGGCUCAGUGCAACAAGUUGCAGAGUAAAUCGCCACCGCCGCUUGCUGACGCGGCCGUGGGUAAAGGGUUUUAUCCGUGGAAAAAGAGCCCGCAACAGCAGUCCACCGACAUGUCCGGUUCACCGCUGCAACAGCAGCAACAGCAGCAGCAACAACAGCAACAGCAGCAACAGCAACAGUGCCAACAGCAACAGCGGACGUCGUCGAGCGCGGCCGAGUCGCCCAGGCCCGUGGUAACGUCCACGUCGUCGGCCCCGUCCACGCCGGUGCCGACGGGCGCGGGUUACCCGCCUCCGCCGCCGCCUCAUCACGGCAACAUAUACUUCGGCGGCGGCGGUGGUGGCCAUCAGGCGUUGGCCGCGGACAACAACGGCCACCACCAUCAUCACCAGAGCCCGCUGCUGGGCAAGGUGGACAAUCACAGCGCGCUGUACGGCCGCCAUCCGUACGAGUGGCCGUUCAAUUCGAUGGGCACCGCCGGACACCACGCGCCCGCCAUCAAGACAGAGUCGGUGAAUCCCGCUUGGUGGGACGUGCACGGCAGUGGAUGGCUGGACAUGAGUGGAGGCAUGCACGCACAGAUGGCCAAUUACGCGGCGCAGUCGGACUACUCGUCGCUCAGCCACUCGUUGGCCGCGUCCAACACGGCCGCCGCUCACCACCUGUUCUCCAACCAACACUUCUUGCAGGACACGUACAAGUCCAUACUGCCGGGCGCGCAGGGAUCGUUCGGCCUGGGCCACCAUCACCACCAUCACCCGUCCGUCGUCACGUCAUCGUCGUCUUCUUCGUCGGCCACGUCGCCGGGUUCGGCGUCAGCGGCUGCCGCAGCCGCAGCCGCUGCGGCCGCAGUGUCGGCCGCGUAUAGCGCGGCCCCCCAGACACCGUCGCCGCGCACGCAGCGCCGGUACACGGGACGGGCCACGUGCGACUGUCCCAACUGCCAAGAGGCCGAGCGCCUGGGACCGGCCGGCGGCCACCUCAAGAAGAACGUGCACAGCUGCCACAUACCCGGUUGCGGAAAAGUGUACGGCAAGACGUCCCACCUCAAGGCGCAUCUCCGGUGGCACACAGGCGAGCGGCCGUUCGUGUGCAACUGGCUGUUCUGCGGCAAGCGGUUCACGCGGUCCGACGAGCUGCAGCGGCACUUGCGCACGCACACCGGCGAGAAGCGGUUCGCGUGUCCCGUGUGCAACAAGCGAUUCAUGCGGUCCGACCACCUGGCCAAGCACGUCAAGACGCACAACGGCAACGGCGGCAGCAAGAAGGGCAGCAGCGAUUCGUGUUCCGAUUCGGAAAACAGUCAGAGCGCGGCCGACGGUACGUCUCCGCACAACCAACACCAGCAACAACAGCAACAACAACAGCAACAGCAGCAGCAGCAGCAGCAGCAGCAACAGCAACAGCAGCAACAGCAGCAGCAACAGCAACAACACCAGCAGCACGUGCAACCGUUGCACAUGGCCGACAUGGUGGACGUCAAACCGCCGUUGCCCCUGGGCGGUCCGGCCGGUCUGGUCCGAUGGAGUCCGGUAGUCAGUUCCGUGGGUUCCGUGGUCCCGUUGUCGCCGCCGUCGUCGCAUGCCAUCGGCUCGUCGCCGUUCCUGUCCGUGCAACAGCAGCACAACAACAACAAGGAACAGAAGAGUUUCUGCAGCUGGACGAACGCCGCCGGCAAAGAGCCGAAAAUGUACCAGGAGAAACUGGAAUGAGCGUCGCCCCCGCCGGUGCAGCUGCCACUGCCGCCGACUGUCGCGUUCGGUGGCGGCGGCGACCGCGGCACCGGCGGUGGUGCU